AUGAAGAAUCAUACAAAGCAAAUAGAGUUUAUACUUCUGGGACUGACAGAGAAUCCUCAAUUACAGCGUAUAAUUUUCUUUUUUCUACUUCUAAAUUACGUACUAAGCAUGAUAGGAAACUUCACCAUCAUUGCCCUCACUUUGCUGGAUUCCCAUCUCAAGACCCCAAUGUAUUUUUUCCUUCGCAAUUUCUCUUUCCUAGAAAUUGCAUUCACUAGUGCCUGCAUCCCCAAAUUUCUAGUCACCAUUAUAACUGGGGAAAAAACUAUUUCGUAUAAUGGCUGUGUAUCUCAGUUGUUUUUUUACAUAUACUUGGGGGUGACAGAAUUUUUCCUUCUGGCGGCUAUGUCCUAUGACCGAUAUGUUGCCAUCUGCAAACCUUUGCAUUAUACAUCUAUCAUGAGUAACAGAGUCUGUCAUAAACUUGUAAUUAGUUCCUGGGUAACUGCAUUUCUUGUCGUUUUCCCUCCACUGACAUUAGGUCUUGGUCUAGAUUUCUGUUCUUCAAAUAUCAUUGAUCACUUUCUUUGUGACAUUUCUCCUUUUCUGCAACUUUCGUGCACAGACACACACGUUUUAGAAAUGAUUGCUUUUGUCUUAGCGGUGAUCACCCUCAUUGUCACUUUGAUAUUAGUAAUACUUUCUUACUCUUACAUCAUCAAAACAAUUUUAAAAUUCCCUUCAGCUCAGCAAAAGAUAAAAGCCUUUUCCACCUGCUCUUCUCAUAUGAUUGUUGUGUCUAUCACUUAUGGUAGUUGUAUAUUUAUCUACAUAAAGCCAUCAGCAAGUGAAAGAGUUACUAUAAAUAAAGGAGUUGCCAUAUUAAAUACUUCAGUUGCCCCUUUGUUGAACCCAUUCAUUUACACCCUGAGAAACAAGCAAGUUAAGGAAGCUUUCAGAACUCUACUUAGGAAGAUAUUUUCUGUUUCAGACAAGUAA